UGGGGUUGGGCCGAGUUCCGGGCGCGAGGCGGCCCUGGCGAGAGCGGAGAGCGGCCGCUGCGAGCUGGGAGCGGGCUUCGAGAUGUUCCGGAUCGAGGGCCUCGCGCCGAAGCUGGACCCCGAGGAGAUGAAACGGAAGAUGCGCGAGGACGUGAUCUCCUCCAUACGGAACUUCCUCAUCUACGUGGCGCUGCUGCGAGUCACUCCUUUUAUCUUAAAGAAAUUGGACAGCAUAUGAAGAUUGGACAUCACAGGUGAAUGCAUGAGAUGAAGAAUCUGGUUACAGUUUCUACUCCUGUCUGCAAAAGAACAGCCCAGAAAGAUGUAAGAGACUCUGAUUGAAUGGACAUACAAGUUCUACUUGUUUGAUUCAACAGCUUUGGCUCUAGUAACUGACCUUCGUAGCUGAAAUAUAAAACUGGGAAGUUGAAAACAUUUUGUGGCCAUAGUAUGCCCUUAUGCCUGUGAUAUUCAGCUUCCAUAAAUGUUGGUGUAAUUGUAAAUAAUGUCAAACUCCAUUUUCUAGCAAGUCUUAAUUAUAAGGGAAUUAUGUCUGCAAUGGCACUGUCUUGUCAGUCAUUUCUGUUUGCCUUUUUACUUCUGUCUGCAGUGUAUUUGUUGAACAGUAUAUAUUGUUCAGAUUAGUCAGGUUUUAUGGAAUCCAGCACACAACCACAGUGACAUUUAAGGACAAGACCAAUAGUCUAUAUUUUUAAUAAACAUAUCAAUUAAGAAAAAUUGGGUUUUUAUUUUUCUUAACCCAUCUUUUGCUGCAAACCAGUAAUCACUAGUGAGACUACUAUGAUAGUCUGAUUGUUACAAACUGCAUUAAAUUGAAUUCCUCUUG